CCCGCAAUUUUCAAAUUUUGACCGUUACCACAAACAACAGCCAUUUUUAAAUCCCUGCACGCCAAGCCUUUCUUGUCGAAACUAACGUUGCCAGAGAGGAAUAUAUCAGAAGGAGAAGAGAAAGGAGAGUAAGAGGCAUGGUUCGGCCAUCGGCUAGCCCGUCAGGACGGAGGGGAACUCCGGCGCGGGGACCUGGGCGAGCCGGUGCGCCGGGCAGGAGGCAAGGUCCCGCCGCUGGCGGGCCGACGCCGGGCCGGUCAGGCGACGGACAGGGGAAGAGGAGGAAAAAAUUCCGGCCUGGGACCCGAGCACUGAUGGAAAUCAGGAAAUACCAGAAGUCAACAUCACUUCUGAUCAGAAAGUUACCUUUUUCAAGAUUGGUGCGAGAAGUCUGUCAGGAUGUUGGAGGACUGGACCUCAGGUGGCAGGCCUACGCCAUCAUGGCUCUACAAGAGGCAGCAGAAGCGUUCCUGGUCGGUCUGUUGGAGGAUGCUAACCUCUGUGCUCUCCAUGCCAAGAGAGUCACCCUCAUGCCCAGGGACAUCCAGCUGGCCAGGAGGAUUCGGGGACCGGAAAAGGGUUUUGCAGCUACCUAGAUCUAGAUGUUAAGGUGUAUGUUAGAUUUUUAUACUAGUAUUUGCAAUACAAGUUUUAGUUUUACAAAUGUGUAGGUUAUAAGAUGUGUUUGUGAGGUUGUCAUGUUGGUUAUAAACUGACUCUGAUUUCUAGCAAAGUCCAGGGAUGGGCUCUCUCUGAUUCUUAUUAACUCUUUUUAGUUACUGGAUGAAUAUUGCGUUGCCCCCUGGGGCCCAUGUUGUCCUUUGGUGAUCAUUUUUAAAGAUAGACUUUGUAAUGUUGGCAUUUUUAUAAGUCUGUGUCAUGUUCUUUUAAUCAAUGAAAAAUGUAAUUAUUCUUUCCACAAUUUAGAAUAUUACAAUAUUCAUACCUUUUAAAAUCAUGAUCCUAGAAUGUUUCUUGCAAACAAGUCUUGCAGUUAGAUUUUUGCCUGUAUCAAUGUUUCAUAGUAUAAAUGUAACAGGUUUUAACUGUCCCCAGUGUUGUAGAUUAAUAAUUGGUGAAACCAAUAAAGAUCAAGUUUUUUCAAA